AUGUCGUCCUCUCAUUUGAUCAAUGGAUUCGAAGGGGUCUCCACAGCUCCUCAGUACUGUCUGAUUUGUUGUGAGGUGGCGGAUGGGUAUCAUUUUGGAGCGCCGGCGUGUAGAGCCUGCGCCGCGUUUUUCCGUCGAACAGUUCAACUUAACAAGAACCAUGAGUGUCCAAAGAAUAAUCAGUGUUUUAUUUUGUCAAACGUGCGCAACAUGUGUCGAGCGUGCCGAUACGAUAAAUGUAUUGAUGUUGGAAUGAAGAGAUCAGCGGUACAACAGAGACGUGACCAACUUGGGAAGAGAGAUGGAAUUCGGAGUGCUUCCGAGAGUUUUUCGAGUCGUGGAGAACCAGUUUUGGAUACGAUGAAGAGGGCGUACGAGAAGUUGUUGGUUGUCAGGAAGAGUGUGCAUAAUCGGGGGGAGAACCAACCACCUCGACCGAUCUGCUUCAGUGAACUCCAACAAGUCUACCUCAAAGAAAUGACCGUAGUCUACCAGUUUCUUUGUGAGGCAUUUCCGGAGUACUAUGAAUUCUUACCCGACACCAAACGAUCUCUCUUCAAAAACUUCUUCCUGCCAUUCACCCUUCUAGAGAGUUCCUUCAAUGGGCAUUCGACUAACAAACAAGACGUGAUGCUGAUCCCAUCUGGUGACUACAUAGACUUGGAGCAUCUGGAAUCAUAUUUCACAAAUAACCACGACAAGUUCUCCCAGGAAGAAACAAUUUCAAUGUUCGCUCAACAAUUCCAAGUUCUCAGAACAUGCAUAACUCAUCCAUUACAUGCUGAAAAUGUGGAUACCUAUGAGUUUCUGGCGCUCGCUGCAAUUAUUCUUUGGGAAUCUGAUCUGGAAGCAGAUUUAGAUAGACAAAAUGCACAGGAGGAAGCGAUUCAGAUGAGAAAUGCUAUCAUUCGAGACUUACUUUUUUAUUAUCAAUCUAUGAAUAUAUAUGAUGACGUGGCAUUGAGGUUGGGGACGAUUCUAUCGAUUCUUCCAUCUAUACAGAGAGCCAGUCACCGGUUUCACGAGUACAUGGAGAUUAAAAACUUGCUCAAUUUGUAUGCUCUGCCUCAGAAUCUUUUUGAUAUGUUCUCGCCAGUUUCCUAA